ACCAGCCGUUCAUCCUGACAUGUCACUCUGGGAAAAGUGUUUGCGACGACGACAACAGGUAUGAGCAGUGCCUUGUCACAUCCUGUUUAAAGCAAACUUUCCAAACUGCAGCUGCUUGAAUCAUCUCCCUCACGAGCUCAGAGCUCACGCUGAUGAAUCAGCUUCAGCCAUGAGCGGAAAAGGUUGUCAGCUCCUGGUGUCUCCUUGCAGCGUGUCCCCGUCACUGAGCAUGAUCAGAGGACACCAGUCCCAGUCCGUCAGGACAUCCAUGUCUUCCCCACAAAGGGCCAGCCUUAGCCCCUCCGUGGGCAUUGAGAAAGUGAAAAGCGGGGCCAUCCACUCCUUUGCUUCUGGGAAACAGGGCAGGAGCCAUGUUGUGCUGCCAACCCUGAGCCUCCGCAGGCAGGUGCUGACCAAUGGGAAGCACGCAAACAUGCAGACCCCAUCCCCACACCAGCACACCACCACCACAACAACAGCCACAGCCACCAUACAGACGGGACUCUGCUCCUCUAACAACAGCUUCAAAGAUUGCUCUGUGUCUGGGCCCACCAUGGAAGUAUUCGGUCAGCCAGCUGCCGCUAACCUGACGGUGACCAGCAGCCCUAUGACUGUUCCCGCAGGUCAGCAGUAUACCGCCGGGCCCGCAGCGCCACUUCCCCCAUCGCAUCCGCACAGUUUGCCGAUACCCCACACCGAUGCCAGAUCCUUACUGUCCAGAGAAUCCCUGGCAUCCACUACGCUAAGUCUGUUUGAAACACAGUCUGUGUUUAGUGGCAGACAUGACUGGACAUAUGGCUACCGUGUGCUUCCUCCACUGGGGCUACCGCAGUGCUCCGCCCAGGCCAGCGAGGGAGGCAUGCAGCUCAGCCUUUCCCCUGGCACGGCCAUGUCUGGCACGACCGUAUCAGGAGGCACCAGCACCUCUGCCUCCCUGCCCUCGUACCUCUUCGGCGAUGCCGGGAGCCCGAGGCAUUCUCGUGCUAAGAAGAGAGCCCUUUCCACCUCGCCUUUGUCAGACGUCAUGGGUAUUGAUUUCAACUCCAUCAUACGCACCUCGCCCAACUCGCUCGUGGCUUAUAUAAACGGGUCCCGCUGCUCUCCGUCCUCCCACCCCGCCCUCUCACCUGUCCAGUCAGAGGGCUACGGUCACUUCCUGGGUGUGAGAGGCUGCUGCAUCCCCCAGGCCCAUCCCCACAGCGUGCCAGGGUCUUCGCAGGCCCUGGCCCCGCAGACAGAGUGUGGCCGCAUGCAGAUGCUUGAAGAGGGAGGGGGUCUGGAGAGCCAGAUGGCUAACAUGGUGGUGGAGCAGCAGUGCCUCCCAGAGGAAGGAGGGGCACUGGAGAAGACUUCAGAGAGCUGCAGCCAAACCACCAACAACCUUCUGCCCCAUCUACUGUUACAGCCAUCCCUCUUGACUACAAUCCAAGAAGCUGCUACUCCACUGGGACCUCCACCACCCUACCACUCACACCAGCACGUCCACCUCACUCGCCGUCACUGCAAAAUAAAGCCCCCUUCUCAGGACCCUCUCACACAGGCUCCAAUGGUUCCUCCUCGGCAUGGGGUGAGCUUUUUACCCCAGGUCCCAAUGCUGGAGGAAGAAGAAGGAGAGCUGGAGGACUUCGGGGCCCACUGCUGCAGGUGGUUAAACUGCAGUGCAGUCUAUGAGCAAAAGGAGGAGCUGGUAAGGCACAUAGAGAAGCUGCAUGUUGACCAGCGGAAGGCUGAGGAUUUCACAUGCUACUGGGUGGGCUGUCCACGCAACUUCAAGCCCUUCAAUGCCCGAUACAAGCUUCUUAUCCACAUGAGGGUCCAUUCGGGAGAGAAGCCCAACAAGUGCACGUUCGAGGGCUGCAAGAAGGCUUUCUCCCGUCUAGAAAAUCUGAAGAUCCACCUGCGCAGCCACACGGGGGAGAAACCUUACCUGUGUCAGCACCCGGGAUGUCACAAGGCCUUCAGCAACUCAAGUGACAGAGCUAAACACCAGCGUACACACCUGGAAACAAAGCCAUAUACAUGCCAAGUGCCUGGCUGUGCCAAGCGUUACACUGAUCCCAGCUCCUUGAGGAAACACGUGAAAUCCCACUCCACAAAAGAACGACAGCUACGGAAGAAGAUGAAAUCCACUGCUGAUGUGACCCAGGACACGCUGACAGACUGUUUAACCAUCCACCCUCUGCAACCGAGCCUUUCCCCUCUGGCAAGGAUAGACAACAACUUGAACUCUUCCCCCGGUGCGUCCCAUGAGUCGUACGCUGCUGCUCCACAGGGACAAGACUCCUCCAGCAAUCCUCACCUGGCUCUCUUGUGCUCCUUAGAAGAUAACUACAGGUUUGUUGAUCCUUCCCCUCACCAGCUCUUCCCAGGGGACCAGUGUGGGACUUGCUCCUCCACCUGCCUCCCGCAUCCUCCCAACGGGACGUCCCUGCAGAACAACCAAGAUGUUAAGCACCCCAGCCAGCCUCCAGAUCUUGCAGAUCACAGUCCAGAGCUCGCAGGGCAGAUGAAGAUGCUUUACUGUCCUCCGCAAUAUGGUGGGAUCACAGCACAGACCAGCUCGAGUCACCUGAUGCAAGACGAUGCCUUUGGUGACAGCCUCCCUCCAGCAGUCAAUAUUCCCAAUGGGGCGGCCACCUUGCAAACAGCUUUUUCCUGCGUGGCAGGAUUUGAUGGCCACAGCCAAGCGCAGGACGUAGCUCCUAAUCAAGAAUUGCAUGGAGGGGAUUUCUUCACUGUGGUGGACCAGAGCACCAGCCAGGUCUCCUGCAUCUACACAGAGGGAUGAUUUCAGUCAAAUGCACUGUUUUGUUCCUUUGCGCUGUUCUGUGGGCCUGUUCCACUUGAGUGUAAUGACCACUAAGAAGAACACUUAAGAUGGCAACCUGGCGGCAGCUUCAUUUAGCGAAGGAAUUGACUCUACCGUUUAGUCUUCUUUUCUCUCUCUCUCUCUCUCUCUCUCUCUCUCUACAGCAAAUGACUCCACACUCCAUAAUCAAUGUAUAGUAACGACUGAGCCUACAGGAUUUUAAUGUUUACUGUCGUAGUUUGUAUACAGCUUGUGUAUAACGUGUAGUUAGGUACUUCAAGGGUGGCAUCUGACACACAAUAUUCAAUACUGCAAUCAAAGGAAAGCAUGCAAGGGAUCAUUUAUUAAGGUUUUUCUUAGAGCCAUGGCUUUGUAACUAUAGUAACAAGACAGCCUUACCAUUUCACUGUAAUGUUCAUAGACAUAACCUGUUGUUUGAAUAUAGUCAUGUGCUAUGAGGGCUCCUGUGCCUAGAUCGUGAGGCUGAUUUGUGUUGGUGACCAUACCAGUGAUUUUGCGUGCUUUGGUUUAUUUACUAAAAAAUGACUUGCACUCCACAUUGGCAGUUGACCCUUUCUGAAAGCACGGCAUAGUGCUGUGCACCUCUGAGCCUGUUUUCCUACAGCCAUUCAUCUCAAUUCAUUUCCAUAAAUGAACUUGUGGAGAUGUCAAAACUUGCUUGAGAGAUAGGUCAACUAUCAGCGUGAUAAUAGCUGCUUUUGUUGCAUUUUAAUGCGGUGCAGACCUUCCAAUCCGAUUUGCAAUUUCAUGUGCAUUACAAUGCAACCAUGGCACAACUAUAAGCAAAGCAUUAGACACAACGAUCAGCAUGGAUUAAACAAGACAAAAGCAAAUUUAAAGUCUAUUUUUACAGUGCAGUGAAAUGAUCAUGAGGACAAAAAAGUGUAAAAACCAGCUUUGAAAAAUAAUUAGCAGCAACGUAUACACUGAUUUGUAGUAAAUGGGCUCAAAUAUGCAGAAAUAUUGCUAUGGUGCUUUAACAUUUGAAUAUAUUUGGAAUGGAUCUAGAAAGAGAAGUAAAUCAUUUGUACCCUUGUUUGUUAUUUGUCAUACCUCGUGUCUCUCAGAAAUGUGAAGAUGCGCCAAACUCUGGCUCUUUUUAAAGCUCACGACACAGAUCAUUUACAAGGUUAGAAUUCGAACACCCCCGUUCUACUACGAAAUAAAAAUGGGAGGCAAGAAAAGUUGAUUUAUGCCUUUUAAACAGCCUGUUGUUCUGUCACUCAAGAGCAAGGCCAAGGAUGUACUGAUAUUUCUGUGGCUCUCAAAAAAUAAUGCAACAAAUAGUGUGGAUUGUUUGUGUGGAUUUCUAGAAAAAAUAGUGUUGAAAGGAGCAGCUUCGCACACGA